CUCGUGCGUAAUUAAUAUCAUUUCACCUUCUCCUUCUUCGCCGUGAAACUACUUUGUCGGCCGUCUGGCACUGAGGGAGGAGAGUGGACCAGAAUUACUCGUUGGGAUAUUUUAUUGUAUCUUUCUGGCGCUGUGUUCUUGUUGAAGAGGAGGAGGAUUGAGGAAUGUCAGGUUUUUUUGCGGGUAAUUGGAGGGCGCCACUGGAAUACUAUGAGACUCAGCAGAAGGCGUGCUCCGGUCGUCAGGGAGAGACUUUUACCUGCACAUGCAGUUGUGGACUAUCAGGGUGGUAGCUCUAUUCUGAUGACGGCUUUACCUGCUGUCUGUGGAUUUUCCUUGUAACUGAGGGAGGGAUGAACAAGAACGACUUUAUCAGCGUCUACACUACCACCAUCACGACCACGUUCAUAAUCAUCUUCAACAACUUUAGCAACAGCAACGACAAUAACAACAACGACAACAAAGCCAAGCUGUAAGGAUAUCAGCGGUGACAGCAACAUAAACAGGAACAGCAACAGCUGCAACUACAGCAGCAACAACAACGUCUACAACAUUAACGACAGCAUAAGCAACAACAAUAACCACAGCAGCGCCCGACAGCCGUUCGUUCCAUCUGUGUGUACUGAUUUGCUGCUUUCCACAAAAAUGCCUCAGUCGUUGUUUUGUUUCUUCCUUUAAAGCUAUCACAGUAUUGAAUUACGUCACAAUGUGAUCCCGACCCCCGUUCCCCCUAUUUAGGAAUCGCAAAAGGCCUCGAAAAAGUGAGGCGCAUGGGCCUAUCUGCCGCCGGACACUCGUUUUGUUAGUUGAUGGUGUUCGGGAAAUUGGAUUUUCCCAUUAUCACGUUUGACUUGUCACAAGUGGCUGGGUGGGAAGUACCCUACUGCUGUAGGGGAGAAUCGGAUUUUCCCACAACUUAGUGUCUGGUUUGUCAGCGGAAGCUGGGUGGGGAAUCCCCUUCUCCUGACGCUGCGCCAUGUCUGCUUCGGUGACCGAACACGCCCCUCGCCGGGUGUUAAACAACCCUCCCAUGCAGGUCCAGCGAGACUUCGCAGACGAUAGAUACCGGGAUCUUCGGCGACCCCGGAAGUUGAAGUUCUUCGUCAACGGCGACAGAUACUUCCGGGGCAAGAAAAUCUACGUGACGCCCAACCGCUACUACAACUUCAACGACCUGCUCAACGACCUAACCGGCAAAUUGCCUUCUAACCUAAAUCUGCCCUAUGGUGUUCGCCAGAUUUUCACGCCGGUCAGCGGCCGAAGAAUAUUUGACAUUGAAGAUCUGUCUGAUGGAGAGACCUACGUUUGUGCCGGCUUUGAGGGUUUUAAGAUGAUCAAAUAUGGCCGCGCCGAACUGGAACCUUGGUCCAUGG